CCCCCUAUCUCGCUGACCCACGGUGCUGCUUGCGCAUGAAUUUCCGCCGGAGUUGGUUUAAUCGGCAGGGUCGCGCGUCUGCGAUUCGAUCUCGGACGCACCAAUCCUCUGCGCGUAGACGACCUCCCCCGUUUGCAACCGCAGCUCAUUCUAUCGCGUGAGAUUCCGGGGAGUUUUUGAGGGGAUAUAUCCAAGCAUCGUCUCUGAUCGGGGGUGGGUAGGUUCCUGGGCUUCGCACUGGUCAGUAGGCGCAUCAUCGCCGUGUAGUACCGCGAUUGUGGUCGAUUCGGCCUCAUCCUCUGCGUUCAUUGGCUGAUCGGUCAGCAAGUAACUUGGCGGUCUGACCUUUCCUUUUUGGCCUGGCUUGUUAGAAAUGGAUCCAGACACCUAGCAGCCGAGGCUUUCAGGGUUUAUUUAUGCUCUUCGUUUUACGGAAACGAGUUCAGUUCUCUAAUUGUUUGAAUGGUUCUGGUCGUCUGGGGUAGUUUGGGUCAUUCAGAGCGGUGUGGACUGUUGCUGUUUGCUUGCUGUAUGACUGUAUCUGUGAGUUGGUGUAAGAAUGGAUUAUUUUCUGCUGACCAUGUUGUUGUGUUCUCCCUGGGAUUGCUGAAAUGUUAACUGUUGAGAUUUUUGCUUCGUACGUUCCUGAGUGUCAGAAUCUCUCUUUAGCUCAUCCAAACAGCAUAAACGAUUGUACUUCUACUUCUGAGUAAUAUAAGUGUUAACUGACAUUAUCUGCAGCAGUCCAACAAUUAUUGCUUCAACCUUUGGCCUGGCCAUUAGUUGAAACUCUUGCUCAUUCACUGCUGCUGAUAGCAUUUCAACACGGAUAGGUUGGCUCUCGAGAAGCUGCAAGUGAGUUAGCACAUGAUCUUUCUCCCGGACAACUCUGCUAUUGAAUCUGCAGUGGUGUCAUGAAUCAGACAAUUAUGAUGUCAAACUUUGGCGUGGCCAUUACGUGCGGUCUUACUGAGCCAGUGCUCAUAAGGGAUUGCAUAUCAACAUGGAUGGGUGGUCAUCAAAAUGCUGCAGAGGAGUUGCUCUCUAGUCUAGAAUUUUGGUUUUGCCAUGCUGAUUGGUGUGCUGUUAUGUAGACUGGUGCCAAUAAGCUUUAAGACAUUGUUGGGCUUACUCGUGGACUGAAAGGGCUCAAUGUACUUGAUAGUGUGUGGAUCACCUAAGAUUGUCAAUAAUGAUGCUACAGCAACAAAAGAGGUAUAUCCACUUGACAGUCUGGCUCAUAUGUUGGUCGGUUCUUUUCUGUGGCUAUUGACUAAAAUGAGGGAGUCACCCAAUCUUGCUACUAUAGGCUGGAGAACAAUUGGAACCUUCACUGAAGAUACUCCGAAUGUAACAAAGGCUGCUGUUGAGGAAGGGUUUGUUGGUGAUGGCUGUACUCUUUUGAGGCUGGCUUCAAAAGUUGAUUCCAUGAUAGAAUCUCUUGAGAAUGAUAAGCAGCAGGUUGGGACUGAGAUUGUGAGGAAGACUCUGAAUUAUCCGUUUAAAUUUAUUGUCAAUAAGAUAAGCAGAGCUAUGGCAGGGUCAAGGGGGGGGGGGGGGGGGAUCCCCCACCUUGCAAUCAGGUUCUAGCCUGGCAACUUGAGAUAUGGAUACAAUGCUGGAAAGUACGAGGACUUGAUGGCUGCUGGAAGUUCUAGGCCCCUCUAAGCUCGAAGAUUUCCUUUGAUAAACAAAAGGUUGUGAUGUGCUGCUGCUCGGACCCUUGGAACAUCAUGCUGUACUGCAUCCGUGGCGAAGACAUACAUCAGUUCUGAGUUCUGGCGUGGUUCUUCACUCGUUCAGGCCGAGCCUGAACGGCUGAACGCCUGCCUGCUGGACUGCUGGGA